AUGUCUGAGAACAACGGAUCCCCCGCCGGCGAAAAGCCCGAAGACCAGCAACCCGUCAGUGAGCACUUGAACAUCAAAGUGACCGACAGCUCGAACGAAGUCUUUUUCAAGAUCAAGCGCUCAACCCAGCUCAAGAAGUUGAUGGACGCCUUCUGUGAGCGUCAGGGAAAGAGCCCUCAGAGUGUGCGCUUCUUGUUCGACGGACAGCGUGUCAACUCUUCGGAUACGCCGGAUACUCUUGAGAUGGCCGACGGCGACUGCCUCGAAGUGCACCAGGAGCAGAUCGGCGGAUCCUGCUGA